UGAACGCGCGGCGCGCCUCCAGGGCGGUCCUUGAUACCGAGCUAUCACAAUCUGAACUCUCAUGUUUUGAUUUUUGAAAGUUACUGUCAGCGGACUGCAGCUGACUGCAAAAAGAAAAAUGUCCGCAGCGAAGCAGCACUCAAACGAACAGUGUGUUUACCGUCGACGGGACUUUGAAGAGCAGCCGGUGGAGGAGCAGCGAAGAUGGCACACUCCUCAACCUGUCCACGGAGCAGGACUACACCAGCAGCAGCAGACACACCGGGUUGAUGGCAGCCGGACCCGACCUGGACCCCAUAAUGACCCCAGCUCCAGAUGGCCCCUCGUGGACGACCCGACCACCAGACAGCCUCAGCUGGACGACUGCGAGCGGAUGGGGACUCUGUUCGGGAUGCUCAACAAGUACCUGCGAGGACUCGGCUUCAGCCAGAUGUACUUUGGGGACAAGAUAGUGGAGCCUGUGGUGAUCAUCUUCUUCUGGCUGCUGCUCUGGUUCCUGGGGAUCCAGGCCCUGGGGCUGGUGGGAACUCUGUGCAUCAUCAUCAUCUACAUUCAAAAGGAAUGACGAUCAGAGUGGAGGCUGCUGUUUUUUACGGUCCAUGCUUGCACAUGCUGAUGGCUAUUUGGACAGGGAUCUACAAAGGUUCUGUGCUUUUAGAUGAAGAGGGUCUGCAGGACUCUGAAGUGAUGGUGGUGCAGCAGGCUUCUGGGCAUGUUUUGAAGCAUGUUCAGACAGAAUAAAUCCAGAGCUGGGUCCUUUCUUCAGGGCUUUCUGGGCCGGAUCUUUGCCGCAGAAACAAGAGUGAUUCAGUCCUGUUGCCUGCGCUCGAGUGGCCCUGUGAUUUUUCCAGGAUCAGGAAACACCGAUGGAUUAAAAGAAAUCUGCCCAAACGUUUUAAUGUAAAGUUUUUUGUUUUUAAUUUAUGUUCUGAUAGUUUUGGAUACCACGUGAUCUUAAGUGAGGAGAGGAAUUGAAAACAAAAAAAUUACCCAAUAUUUGGUGCCUAGUACUUCUAUUUUUGUUGCCGCGGUAUCGAAAACAGCGUCGAUAUCGUUUGAUUUGUACUAGAAUCAUGUCAAAGUUAAAAAAUCUGGUGUCAGGCCAACUCUAUCUUUAAUUAUAAACGAGCAACAUUGCUUUACAUUGAAUCCAUUCCCUACAUUUUUAUUAUUUAAUGAUUUGAAUUGUUAACAUUUGACUCUGCAUAACAAGACAAAAAGUGCUUCACAUAAUUUGGGAUUAAAUCAAAACCGAUGUAAAGGUCCUCUAAAGACUCA